UGUGAUUUAUUUUGGGGGUUCGCUCUCCAAGGUCCCAUUCCAAUCAAUGGCGGCUUCCGCCUACAUUCUCCACUCCUCCUACCGCCGUUCUACCACUUCACUCCCCCUUUACCACCUCCCUCGUCUUUCACGUCAAUCCGUCUCAUCCCCACACCGAUUCCCCUCUCUCUCCCUCCUCUCCCUCAAUCACCACUCCUCCAAAUUCCCCUCUUUCAAUCCAUUUCCCUUUUCCGCGCCGCCCAAUUUCUCCAUCUCCGCUACUCGCCUCCUACUCGGCCACCAAAACUCCUCAUUCCGCUGGAAUUUCGCCCAUGGGGCAAUACCUACCGAUCACAGAAACAGUAUCGGCGCUAGCCAUACCGAUUCCGAGGUUGCGGUGGUGAUACUUGGGUGGCUGGGGGCAAAGCCGAAGCACCUUAGACGGUACGUUGAGAUGUACAACGCAAGGGGCAUUCAUGCCGUUACAUUUGUUGCUUCCGUAAUGGAUGUGCUUUCCUUCGAUUUGGGGAGGAAGUUGGAGGAGAGGGUGCGGAGCCUUGCCGAUGAGCUUGCGGCGUGGCUGUCCGAUCACGGUGGCCGCGAUCGCAUCUUGAUCUUCCAUACCUUCAGCAACACUGGCUGGCUAGCGUAUGGUGCCAUUCUUGAUAAUUUGAAGGAUAGGCAGGAUUUGUUGGAGAAGAUUAAAGGAUGUGUAGUGGAUUCAGGAGGAGACCCUGAUAUCGAUCCCAAGGUUUGGGCUGCUGGAUUUACCACUGCUUUGCUAAAGAAAAGCAGCUCAGCUACUUAUUCAUCCACAGAAACAGCUCAAUCGAACGAAUCACAUCCCUUUUGUGUUGAAACCUUGAUGUUGGGUGCAUUUGAGAAGCUGUUCUCCUUUCUUCUUAACUUGCCUGAUGUAAACAGGAGACUGCGAAAGAUCAUAUCCAUCCUCUCGAGGAGUCAGCCACCUUGUCCGCAACUGUAUCUGUAUAGUACUGGAGAUAAGGUUAUCCCAUUUCAAAGAGUCGAGACAUUCAUGGAUGAGCAGAGGCAAAAUGGGAAACUACACGUCUUCUCUUUUGAUUUUGGCUCAUCUCCUCACGUGGAUCAUUAUCGCACAUUUCCUGAUGUGUAUGCUUCUCAACUCGACAAUUUUUUGAAAGAAUGUUUGAGCUUUGUAGGGAAGUUGUAGAACCAAUAGUAGUACUAAUUUUUAUUAAGAACUACUCAUAUUUGCAACAAUUAAUUUUAACCACAAGCGUCAUUUUAUAUUUGUAACA